AACAAAGUGGAGCAAUGGACAAUAUCAGUGCUGGAUCUGCUGGUGUUUGGGGCAGCUGGGGACCUUGGUCAGCUUGCUCUAGAAGCUGUAGUGGUGGUGUUAUGGAACAGACUAGACCCUGCCUACCAGCAAACUACCAUGAAAGAAGCUACCAAGGCUCAAGCCACCAACAUUCUGCUGCUGAAAUAACUUCCAGCCAUCCAAACACUCUUGGCCAUGAGACUGCACUGAAUCCACACUCUGGUCAUGUUGUAUCUGCCAUUCGGACCUCAGUACCAUUACACAAAAAUGGAGAUCAUACUAGAUUCAGUCCUCCAGCUGUCAAUGAUUUUAGUCACCUUGGGAGAGGAAUAAUAAGAGGAAAUCGGCAUCCACUGCUACAAGGGCAGAUCUCCAGAUUUGAAAGAAGUAACAGAACAAGAACUUCAAUCAAUCCAGGAUCAUAUGGCUAUGGAAAGAUUCCUUAUAUACUACCACUACAAAGUGACACAGGCCAAAACGUGCCAAGGAAAAGGAGACAGAUUCAACAAAGGCAACAACCUGUGUCUGAACAAAAUGCAGCCCAGAGUCAGUCUUUCGGCCUCCCAUCAACUCAUAGUAAGCUUUACCAGGAGGAACGCUAUUCUCCAAUCAGGCACCAGUCAGCACAGUCUUCAAUAAAUCAGCAGUCUUCUCAUUCCCAGCCUCUUCCAAUAGCACAAAGUUCAUUCGCUGAUGCUACUAGACAAGGUUCCACAUCUCUAAAUCUGCUCCGAGAUAAACCACUGGGACAACGCGUGCCUACAGCUAUUUCAUGUACUGGAGCCUACAAGCAGUACAAAUUGUGCAAUAAACAGCUGUGUCCGGGGAACAACAGAGGCAUCAGAGAAGUACAGUGUGCAUCCUAUAACAACAAGCCAUUUAUGGGGAGAUUAUAUGAAUGGGAACCAUUUUCAGAAGGGAAAUUGGAGCUAAAGUGUGAGCUGACAUGCAGGGCAAUGGGCUACAGGUUCUACGUCAGGCAAGCUGAAAAAGUAAUUGAUGGAACACCAUGUGACCUGAAUGGAACCGCUGUAUGCAUAGCCGGUCAGUGCAAGAUAAUUGGCUGUGAUGACUUCCUGGGAUCAGACAAAGUGGUUGACAAGUGUGGAGUUUGUGGAGGAGAUAAUACAGCAUGUAAAGUUGUAUCAGGAGUCUUUAAGCAUAUUUUAACAAAAGUUGGCUAUCAUAAAGUACUGGAAAUCCCUGAAGGGGCCACGAAAAUCAAUGUUACAGAGAUGGCAAAAAGCAACAACUACUUAGCCCUCCGAAGUCGAUCAGGUAGAUCUAUCAUUAAUGGGAACUGGGCGAUUGACAGACCUGGAAAAUAUGAAGGCGGGGGAACAAUGUUCACAUAUAAGCGACCAAAUGAAAUAUCAAGCACAGCGGGUGAAUCUUUUUUAGCUGAAGGACCAACCAGUGAAAUACUGGAUGUUUAUAUGAUACAUCAACAGCCAAACCCUGGAAUUCAUUAUGAAUAUGUUGUUCCAAAUACAAAUACUAUCAGCCCACAUCUACCUUCACAACGAAGACCAGGUGAACCCUUGAAUGGCCAGUUAGACAUACCAGAUACUUCAGACCAUACGGAGAACACAGAUUCCUUCAGUGGUCCUGAUCUAUCAGCUGGAUCCGUGCCUUCCAGACAGCCUGGGAGGAUCCCUACUCAUGUACCAGACAACCAAGUGCUUCCAUUGCAGCCUCCUCGAAGGAAUCGAGACCAUAACUGGAAACAAGUGGGAUCAACUGAAUGUUCAGUAUCCUGUGGGAAAGGAUCACAGUACCCCAUAUUUCGCUGUGUAAACAGAAAUACACAUGAGGAGGUGUCAGAUGCUUUCUGUGAUUCUAGUACCAAGCCCAAUUCUGAAGAAGAGCCAUGCAAUCUCUUUCCUUGUCCUGCAUUCUGGGACAUAGGCGAGUGGUCUGAAUGUAGUAAGACCUGCGGCCUAGGAAUGCAACACCGCCAGAUCCUGUGCAGACACAUUUACGCUAAUCGUACCCAUACUGUACAGCCCCAUCGCUGCCAGAGCCUGGAAAAACCAGAGACAACCAGCACUUGUCAGCUGAAGAUCUGCAGUGAAUGGCAAAUCAGGACAGACUGGACACCA